AUGACAUUAGGCUUUGAAGAAGACCACUAUGAAAAACCAAAGCUUUUGUCAGAUCACAAAAUUCGUCAAGGGGAUGUGGUGACUUUGGAUCAAUUUGAUAUUCACUAUGUUAAAAAACAUGAUCAUGGCUUUAGAGGGAUUGUAAAGCAAGCCAAAAGAUUUGAAAUUCAAGUUAUGCUUUAUAGCAAAGUUGACUAUAUUCCAAGUGAUUUGACUCACUUGUGUAGUGUAAUGCUAGAAAAUCUUGCCAAGUUAUUUCUUGAUGAAAAAUUCUCUAGCCUUUCUACAUUGGCAUCUACAUUCAAAAACAUAGAAUAUCUUGACGAUCGUUUGAAUGAAUACCAAAGAAAUGCAGUACAAUUCGCUCUCGUAUCACCAGAGAUUGCUUUGAUCCACGACUCACCAGAAGCAAGUCAAGUGAUAUGA